UCCGGCGCGAUCGGGCGGGGGAGUGGAGGCUCGGCUGCGCUGGACCCGGAGUCAGGCUGCUGGGGCCGCCAUGGCGCCGGGCUGCAAGACUGAAUUACGCAGUGCUGCAAAUUGCCAAUUGAACCAAGCAAGCAAUGAAGGUGAUGAUGCCAUCAAAGUUUUUGUACGGAUUCGUCCACCCAAAGAGAGCUCUGGACUCGCUGAUGGAGAGCAAAAUUUAUGCUUAUCCGUGCUCUCAUCUACGACUCUCCGGCUGCACUCUAACCCUGAGCCCAAGGUCUUCACCUUUGAUCAUGUUGCAGACAUCGGCACUACUCAGGAGUCAGUCUUCUCAACUGUGGCCAAAGGCAUUGUGGAGUCCUGCAUGAGCGGUUACAAUGGCACCAUCUUCGCCUAUGGACAGACUGGUUCAGGAAAAACAUUUACUAUGAUGGGACCAUCUGAGUCUGAUAAUUUUUCUCAUAACCUGAGAGGGGUAAUUCCACGAAGUUUUGAGUAUUUAUUUUCCUUGAUUGGCCGUGAAAAAGAAAAGGCUGGGGCUGGAAAGAGUUUCCUUUGCAAGUGUUCUUUUAUUGAAAUCUACAACGAGCAAAUCUAUGACCUCCUGGACUCUGCGUCAGCUGGACUGUACUUACGAGAACAUAUCAAGAAGGGAGUGUUUGUUGUUGGCGCAGUGGAGCAGGUGGUGACCUCAGCUGCCGAAGCCUAUCAGGUGCUGUCUGGAGGAUGGAGAAACAGGCGCGUGGCCUCGACGUCCAUGAAUCGGGAGUCGUCUAGGUCUCACGCCGUCUUCACCAUCAUAGUGGAGUCCAUGGAGAAGAGCAGUGACGUUGUGAACAUCCGGACCUCUCUGCUCAAUCUGGUGGAUUUAGCAGGGUCCGAGAGGCAGAAAGAUACUCAUGCAGAGGGGAUGAGGUUGAAGGAAGCAGGUAACAUAAACAGAUCACUGAGUUGCCUGGGUCAGGUGAUCACAGCACUUGUUGAUGUGGGUAAUGGAAAGCAAAGACAUAUUUGCUACAGAGACUCCAAACUUACCUUCUUACUUAGGGACUCCCUUGGAGGUAAUGCCAAAACAGCCAUAAUUGCAAAUGUUCAUCCAGGAUCCAGGUGUUUUGGGGAAACCCUGUCAACGCUUAACUUUGCUCAGAGAGCUAAGCUAAUUAAAAAUAAGGCUGUGGUAAAUGAAGACACCCAAGGCAACGUGAACCAGCUGCAGGCCGAAGUGAAGAGGCUCAAGGAGCAAGUGGUCCAGCUUAUGUCAGGGCAGGGUGUGUCAGAGAGCCUUCAGACCAGGGAUAAAGAUGAGACAAAUUACAUGAAGUACUUCCAAGAGGCAAUGCUAUUCUUUAAGAAAUCAGAGCAAGAAAAGAAGACUCUUAUAGAAAAAAUUACCCAGUUAGAAGACCUGACCCUCAAAAAGGAAAAAUUUAUUCAGUCAAAUAAAAUGAUUGUGAAAUUCCGAGAGGACCAAAUAAUGCGCCUAGAGAAGCUUCACAAAGAAUCCCGGGGGAGCUUUCUGCCUGAGGAGCAGGAUUGCUUGCUGUCGGAGUUGAGGGAUGAGAUUCAGACCCUGAGAGAACAGGUAGAGCACCACCCCAGAGUUGCAAAAUAUGCAAUGGAAAACCAUUCCCUCAGGGAAGAGAAUAGAAGGUUGAGGUUAUUAGAGCAUGUGAAAAGAGCUGAAGAAAUAGAUGCCCAAACCAUUGCAAUACUGGAGAAAGCUUUUUCUGAAAUGUCUGACAAAGAGAAAAACGAAAAAAGUCAGCAGGGAUUCUCUCCUAAACCUCUGAAGGAAUCAAGUUCAUUAGCGAACACUGAGAAGUUAAAAGCACAGCUUUUGCAAACUCAGAAAGAGCUGAAUAAUUCAAAUCAAGAAUAUGAAGAAUUCAAAGAACUAUCUAGGAAACGGCAGCUAGAAUUAGAAUCAGAACUUCAGUCUUUGCAGAAAGCCAACCUCAAUCUCGAAAAGCUUUUGGAAGCAACGAAAGUCUGUAAGCGGCAGGAAGUUUCUCAGCUUAAUAAAAUUCAUGCUGAAACAAUCAAGACUAUAACAACACCUACAAAGGCUUACUCGCUUCGGUCUCACCUGCCCCUUGAGUUAAGCCCUGGCUCCGUACACCCUGGUGAUUCCAGCAGAGGAGAGAAUGACAUCAUGAAUGAACCUGUCCCGCCCGAGAUGAACGAACAAGCUGUGGAGGCACUUUCCGAAGAACUGAGAGUGGUGCAGGAAAAAAUGAGUACCCUUCAAGUCAAGUUGGAUGAAGAAGAGCAUAAAAACCUAAAGCUUCAGCAGCACAUUGACAAACUGGAACAUCAUUCUUCACAAAUGCAAGAGCUUUUCUCAUCAGAAAGAACUGAGUGGACCAGGCAGCAGCAAGAACAUCUCUCAAAAUUGAAUCUUCUUGAGAAGCAGCUUCAGGACACUCAAAUCAAGAAUGACUUUUUGGAAAGUGAGGUGCAUGAUCUGCGAGUUGUUCUUCAUUCUGCAGACAAGGAGCUGUCUUCAACGAAACUGGAAUACAGUGCAUUCCGAGACAGUCAGGAGAAGGAGCUCAACAGCCUCUCUGAGAGACACAUGCAGGCUCAGCUUCAACUAGAUAAUGUCAGAUUGGAAAAUGAAAAGCUUCUUGAGAGCAAAGCCUGCCUGCAGGAUUCCUAUGAGAACUUACAAGAAGUAAUGAAGUUUGAAAUUGACCAACUGUCAAAAAACCUCCAAAACUGCAAAAAGGAAAAUGAAAAUCUAAAAUCUGAUCUGAAUAAUUUGAUGGAACUUUUUGAGGCAGAAAAAGAACGCAAUAACAAAUUAUUAUUGCAAUUUGAAGAAGAUAAAGAAAACAAUUCUAAAGAGAUCUUAGAAGUUCUUGAGAUCGUCCGUCAGGAGAAACAGAAAGAGAUGACCAAGUGUGAGCAGCAGACGGCUAAAGUACAGAAACUAGAAGAGAGUUUGCGAGCCUCAGAAAAUGUAAUCAGUUCUCUGGAGAAGUCUAGAGACGCUGACAAGGAAGCUUUAGCUGACCUCAUGAGCCAGAUUCAGGAGCUGCGAGCAUCCGCCUGUGAGAAAGCGGAAACGACAGAUGCCCUGAAGCAAGAACUGAAGGACAUUAAUUGCAAAUACAACUUGGCUUUGGCGGACAAAGAAGAGAGCAAAGAGUUGGUUAAGAAACAGGAAACAGAGAUCCUGGAACUGAAAGAAACCCUAAGACUGAGAAUAUUCUCUGAGGAUAUAGAGAGGGAUAUGCUUUGUGAGGACCUGGCUCAUGCCACUGAACAACUGAACCUGCUCACCGAGGCCUCCAAAAAGCACUCGGGGCUAAUGCAGGCGGCUCAGGAGGAGCUGAGCAAGAAAGAAACUCUGAUUCAGGAACUGCAGCAGGAGCUAAGCCAAAAAGACAAGGAAGUAGAACAGAAAAAGAAUGAAUAUAACUCCAAAAUGAGGCAACUAGAAUAUGUAAUGGAUUCUGCUGAGUAUCCCCAGAGCCCUAAAACACCACCUCAUUUUCAAGCACAUUUGGCAAAACUGCUUGAAACACAAGAACAAGAGAUAGAAGAUGGAAGAGCUUCUAUGAUUUCAUUGCAACACCUCGUAACAAAGCUAAAUGAAGAGAGAGAAGUGAAAAAUGCUGAAAUCCUCAGAAUAAAGGAACAGUUGUGUGAAAUGGAAAACCUCCGCCUAGAAGCUGAACAGUUGAGAGAGAAGAACUGGCUUCUGCAGGGCCAGCUGGAUGAUAUUGAAAAGAAAGAGGACAGCAGUGAACAGAAUCAUCCAGCUUAUCAUCAGCUGAAGAAUGAACUAGAAGAAGUUAUGAAAGAAAAACUUGCUAAAGAUAAGUUGAUUGAAGAAAUGCUGAAAGUGAAAGCAGACCUAGAAGAAGUCCAGCGUGCCCUUCUGAACAAAAAUAUGGACUGCUUUAGAAUGAGUGAGGAAGUAGAACGAACCAGGAGUUUAGAAUCUAAAACAUUCCAGGAAAAGGAACAGCUGAGAUCAAAGUUGGAAGAACUGUAUGAAGAAAAGGAGAGAAUUGUCCAGGAGCUGGAAAUGUCAAGGAAGCAGGUGGAAUUUCUUGCUGAGGAAAAUGGCAAGUUAGUUGGUCACCAAAACCUACAGCAGAAGAUUCAGUAUGUGGUACGGCUGAAGAAGGAAAAUACCAGACUGACUGAGGAGACAGAAAAGUUGCGUGCUGAAAAUGUAAUUUUAAAAGAAAAGAAAAGAAAUGAGCCAUAGGAUCUUUAUCAGCUACCUAGGUAUCAGCCUGUUUGGAGAGUUUCUUUCCUUGUCAAAGGAACACUUUCUAACGC